AUGAUGACUUCGGCUUCGACCGGCUUUAAUUGCUACUUGGAUGGCUCUAUCGUAUCCUUAUGGGUUUUAAGUGCCAAUUUAGAAAUUUCAGAGAGUGCAGCACUUGAAAUUUUGAAGGUAGCAUCAUCACGUGGUAGUGUGAUGGAUGGAAACAAUGCUAUUGUACAACAAGAACAGCAACAACAAAAACAAAGCCACAAUCCCAAAGACUGGAUUGCAGUUGAUCCACAAAAUGCUUGGGAUCUGCUUCAUGAAGAGAGGUCUUUGAUGACACACAUUACCACAUCUUGUGUGGAUUUGGAUGACAUCCUAGGUGGAGGAAUAAGUUGCAAACAAGUUACAGAAAUCGGUGGAGUACCAGGCAUUGGUAAAACACAGUUGGGGAUCCAACUUGCUGUCAAUGUUCAAAUGCCACCUUAUUGUGGUGGCCUAGGAGGAAAGGCAAUUUAUAUAGAUACAGAAGGCAGUUUUAUGGCAGAGCGUGCUCAAGAAAUUGCUGAAGCAUGUGUAGAGGACUUAUCCUGCCCAGUAGAAAUUCAGGGCAAGGAUGUUAAGAUUGUCAUCAUUGAUAGCAUUGCUUUCCAUUUCCGUCAAGGUUUUGAAGACCUGGCCCUCAGGACCCGAAUACUUGGUGAUAUGGCAUUAAAGCUGAUGAAGCUUGCAAAAGUGUGCAGUUUAGCGAAAAAGAAUAAUGCCAUUUAUGUGGCUGUCAUGCCUCAGGUUUAUGUCUCAAAUUUUGGUUUGUCCUUUGUUCUCCUUCUGUCACUGAUUCAGGACUUCUUUGCUCUUCAAGGUGAUAGCUGGUCACGCUGUUGCACUAAUCGGGUCAUUUUGUACUGGAAUGGAAAUGAACGAUAUGCAUAUAUUGACAAGUCACCUUACCUUAGACCAGCAGCAGCAUCUUACUCUGUGACUAGUAGAGGGAUCCGAAAUUCUGCUUCAAACUGUAAACGUAGUAGGCUGGUGUAA